AUGUCUUUGAGUAUCUACGGGAAUAGGGAAAGCGGCCAGGAUGUGAGGACGGCCAACGUAACCGCCGUGCAGGCGCUGUCGAACAUUUUGAAGUCGAGCCUAGGGCCGCAGGGAUUAGACAAGAUGCUGGUGGAUAACAUCGGAGACGUGACGAUCACAAAUGACGGAGCAACGAUCCUAAAGCAGUUGGAGGUGCAGCACCCAGCCGCCAAAAUUUUGGUAAACCUAUCGGAGCUGCAAGACCAGGAAGUGGGAGACGGAACAACCUCAGUGGUGCUACUAGCAUCUGAGUUGUUAAGGAGAGGAAACGAACUAAUCAAAAUGGACAUUCACCCGACGACGGUCAUCUGUGGGUACAAACUGGCAAUGAAGGAGUCCGUUAAAUAUAUUAAAGAAAAGUUGAGUGAAAGGGUUAGCAACUUAGGGAAGGAUGUAAUUAUGAACAUUGCAAAAACGACCUUGUCUUCCAAAUUUAUUGGGUACGAAUCAGAUUACUUUGCGAAGAUGGUAGCCAAUGCUAUUCAGUCUGUUAAAAUUGUAAACGACGCUGGGAAAACGAAGUACCCUGUGUCAUCUGUUAAUGUAAUAAAGGUGCAUGGGAUGAGCUCUCUAGAUUCUAAGUUGAUUGAGGGGUACGCAAUUAUGAGUGGGAGAGCUUCACAAUCGAUGCCUACAGGUGUGAAAAAUGCGAAGAUUGCCUUUUUGGAUUUUCCACUAAAACAGUAUAGACUGCAUCUAGGUGUUCAGGUGAAUAUAAAUGAACCCACUGAGCUGGAAAAAAUAAGACAGAGGGAAAAAGAUAUAACCAAAGAAAGAGUAAAUAAAAUUUUAGAAUCAGGUGCCAAUGUUAUUUUAACCACACAAGGUAUAGACGAUAUGCCAUUAAAAUAUUUUGUUGAAUCUGGUGCCAUUGCAGUUAGGAGAGUUAAUAAGGAUGACUUGAGGAGAAUUGCAAAACUGACGAAUGGCCAGAUUAGACUCACCAUGUCUUCUCUUGAUGGUACGGAAAAAUUUGAACCGGCCUCUCUAGGCUACUGUGAUGAAGUGUAUGAAGAAAGAGUAGGUGAUUGGGACGUUAUGUUUUUUAAAGGCUGUAAAACGUCCAAGUCGAAUACCAUUUUGUUAAGAGGGGCAAACGAUUUCGUUUUGGAUGAAAUGCAGAGGUCCAUUCAUGAUGCCCUAUGUUCAGUGAGCAGAGCGUUAGAGAGUAACUACGUGGUUGUUGGUGGGGGCUGUGUAGAAGUUGCCCUAUCUGUUUACCUCGAAGAUUUUGCCAAAACGUUGGGUUCUAGGGAGCAGCUAGCCAUUGCGGAAUUUGCGGAGUCUUUACUGGUGAUCCCGAAAAUAUUAGCCUUAAACGCAUCCUACGAUUCUAUAGAUUUAGUCUGCAAAUUACGGGCGUACCACACCAAAUCGCAGGUGAUGAACACGGAAGACCCGAAGGACUACAGAUGGUAUGGCCUUGACUUGGUCAACGGAAAAGUUGCCAACAAUCUGAAGAACGGAGUUUUAGAAGCCAUGAUUAGCAAAAUCAAGUCCAUCCGGUUCGCCACGGAAGCUACCAUCACAAUUUUGCGGAUCGACGACUUGAUUAAGUUGACACCUGAGGAGCGUCGCGAGGAGCAGCCCUGAGGGGGGUUCUCCCGUCGGCAGGCGCGCCCAACCACACGUGUGUUACGUACAUGUGGGUUUAUAAUAUCCUAUGCGUGCCAAGUGGAAGGCCCAUAUUGUGUUUCCCCCCCCAUGGGUGGCUAACCAUCCUGGGGAAUCUCCACUCACGAUAGGAGGUAUGCCAAACGGUACCCUCCAAAAGUGGGGGAAAAGAAAAAUGCUACACAAGUACAUUAUCAACAUUGAUGAUGGAAAAAAAAGGUGUAUUUUAGGCGCGUCCCUUUACGUGCGCGCGCGUGUAGCGGAGAUGCGGUGUGGAAGGGGCCCUCGCGGGAUGCAGUGUGCGGAGUGCAAGCUGCGUCGUAAGUUUUACACAAUUGUGUUGUACUAUUUUUACGCCAUUUCUCCCCAUGCUUUACUCAUUUUUUACUCAUUCUUUACUCAUUUUUACGCUUUUUAUUUUUCCCCCAUUUUUACCCCAAGUGGAAACUUCCCCCUUAAAAUUAAUUUUUUUUUUU